GCGCGAAUGUGCAGACUCUCCGAACAGAUGCGCGCGAGUAGAGGUAGAAUUCCUGAGGACACUCGGCAUUGAUCCCUGGACGCGCAAGCGCCGACCAGUAGUGUAUCUUCACCUACUUCCAUCGCUCCCGGUCGUCGAUAAAUCCGCGAAAGUCCGGAACGUAACGCGGUCAUCUAUUUUCGUUUAUUUGAAGAGACGAUCGUCUCCCUCGACGUUGCUGGUUCCAGCCAAGGUAAACGAAAGGACGUCCGAUGUCGGCUCUCCUAGAUGUAUGCGGAAAUGAUACUGGUUCGCCAUCGAUAUCGAAGGCUGACGACAAUCUGUCCAACAGUGACGGACCCCUGAUUAAGGGCAUUAUUCGACAAAAUAGUUGCGGUAGCAUGCAUGCAAGGACAAUCGCUUCCUCGUAUGGCAUGUCAUUGACAGGCGAAAAGUCCAUUAAGAGACGUUAUUGUCUCUGGACGUUGACUUUGAUCCUGGCGAUAAUUGGCCUCUGCAAUCUUUUUCUCAACAUUACUGUCAUUGCUGUUUUACGCAUAAGUCAGGGAAUGGAAGCUAUGGAAGUAAUUCCAGACGAAAAUCUUGUCAAGUUUUAUGGAAGGACAGAUUUGGACAAGAUAUCCCUGCAAUCGGGCAUCUGUCAGAGUUACGGCGACGAGCCGAUGGAAAUAUCCGGCGACGAGGCUGGAAUUCGCGUCGACGUGAGGAGCCGCGGACGUAUCUACGAGGCGCAUCCAAAGCUGGGCGUUCUACCGAACGGUACCACUAUGUCGCAGGUGGAAUCAUUUGAGGUGAAGGAUCCGCGUACGGGUGCGAUCUACUUCACCACGGAUUUCCCGAACUUUGGUCUACCGAACGGUGUCGAGACAAUCGAUGUGAGGAUCGCGGAAACCCAUCGAAUCACGUCGCCGGUCAACGAGAGUCUGGCGAUCAAGUCCGAGAAUGAAGUCUCGUUGCAUGGCGCGGAGGGUGUGCACAUGGAGAGCAAGGACAUCGUGUGGAGUGCCGAUCUCGACAUCUUCUUAAAGAGCGUGAACGGCAGCGUCGUGCUGGACGCCAAGGAUGGCAUCUCCAUCAACGUGGAGAAUAUCCCAGUGGCGCCGAUGUUCCUGCAAAGCCCAACCGAGAGCCAGGAGCAGUACAAAGUCUGCGUGUGCAUGCCUCAGGGCAAACUCUUCAAGAUGCCAAUUCGCCCAGGCACCAGUUCCCGUACAGUUAACUGCGCGCGGGUCGCCAGAAACCCAGAGAACGAUCCUUGCUUACAUUAGAUUAUCAAAUGAAGACUGAUAUUUUCUAUCACUUCGUUGAGAGACAUGCAUAUCACUGCCAGAUUGUAAGUGCAUACGAAAUGUAAGCACAUACUAUCUAGAGAGGCCUAAUGUAUCACCAUCAGUCGACAGUACGUGGAAGAGUAUAUGCGAUAUAUAAAGAAACGGCUGAUUUCUUAACCACGGAAUUUACACGGCAUCCGUGCAAUAAUCAUUAUGUUAACCAAAUGAAAUUGGAUACAUGUUUCGAUGAAAAAUAUUUACAAGACUAAACCUCAGAGAUUAAAUCUCUGGCAUUCAUACAACUGUCGUUAAAAGCAUAGGUGCUUAAAGUGUUAUACGUGCAGAAAAUAAUUAGAAGUAGAACAAAUAAUUUAAUCGAGUAGAGUGCACAUUAGUCUAAAUUUUAUUUUAAAUCUCACAUUCACAUAUUUUCAUUGCCGGAUUGAUUGUGGUGCGAAUAUUAACACCAUAUAAAAGUA